AUGGCCGUAUUUGUAGUCCAUUCAGUCAGCUUGACAUCAGGACAUCAAGUCGGUUGGUCCGUCCCUGGGACUUCAUCCUCGGCCACUGCCUCACCUAGAACUGGCCGCAAAUUCGUCAAGUUUGGGGGCCCAUCUCAUGAAACACCAGCUCAGGAUGUUUCCCCAUCACCAGCUGAAGGAUCAACUCCAUCACAGUCCCGCCACACCACCAACAAGGGAAAGAACAAAGCACUCACCGACUCAGACGACAAUGGGAGCAGUUCCGAAGAGGUUAUGGCCCGUGAGCCAGACGUAACGGUCACAUCAAACUCCGACAUCACUUCCAAGAGAGGGAGACCUCGCAAGAAUAUCCUUCACAAAGCAGCUAAACAUAUGAAGAGAACUUAA